AUGAAUUUUGUAAGUUGGAAUGCCCGGGGUUUGGGGAACCCGAGUGCAUUCAGGCAUUUACGCUUGCUUGUUCAUGAGCAAGCUCCCUGUGUUCUGUUCAUUAUGGAAACUAAAUUACAGUAUGGUAAUAUAGAUAAGUUUCGUAAGCAGUUGCAUUUUCCUAAUGGUAUUGAGGUUCCACGGCAGGGGCAAGGGGGUGGUCUUAUGCUCCUUUGGAAGUCACAUGUUACUCUUUCUAUUAAUAAUUACUCUCUAAAUCAUAUUGAUUGUUUUGUCGAAAGUCAUGAUGGUCCAUCUUUACAUUUCACUGGUUUUUAUGGACAUCCGAGUGCAUCUCAACGACAUCUUACUUGGACAUUAUUGCGUCGAUGUUCUGAUAUUGCACCCUCCUCUCCUUGGUUCGUCCUAGGAGAUUUCAAUGAGAUUAUUUCUCAUGAUGAUAAGAUUGGUGGGCCUCGACGAAGUGAUUCACAGAUAAAGGCUUUUCGUGCUGUAGUGGAUGCCUGUAAACUAUCCCAACUUUCUUUUGAUGGACAAAGGCCAACUUGGACGAAUAAAAGUCAUGGCAGUGGGCAUGUAAAGGAACGACUGGACUAUGGUUUCAUCAAUAAUCAAUGGGAUUCUACAUUUUUAAUUCCAUCUUUGCAGCACCUGGAUUUUUAUAGAUCAGAUCAUAGAGCUCUCAAAGCUACUAUCACGGCUAAAUCUGAUCAAACUGGAACUGUUGAAUUCAAAUCUCGGUUCCGCUUUGAAAAAAUCUGGUUAAGGGAAGAAGCUUGUGCUGAUAUUAUAUUGGCAAACUGGAAUCGGGGUGACAGCAGCCCAUUGGUUCAGUUAACCAAUAACAUUUCUGACUGUGCAUCGAAUCUGCAGCAGUGGCAUUACUCUACUUUUGGCAAUCUGAGAAGGGAAAUUAAGGAUUCUCAUAAACAUGUAGCAGCACUUCAAAAUUCAUCAAGCACAGCUCCUGAACACUUUGCAGCACUUAAAAAUUCGGAGCAGAUACUAGAUGAUUUGUUAGCUAAGGAAGAAGAUUAUUGGCAUCAAAGAGCUCGUAUAUCAUGGAUGAAAUCUGGGGAUUCUAAUACAAAGUUUUUCCAUCAACGUGCUAAUUCAAGAUCAUCCAACAAUCGAAUCAAAAAAUUAAAAGAUGCAGCAGGAAAUACUCAAACCAGUGAAUCGGCUCUCAUGACUAUAAUUUCAGAUUAUUUUCAAUCUAUUUUCACAAGCCACCAAGUUGAUGAUCAUGCUAUUAAUUCAAUUUUAGAAGUUGUCCCAACCAUGCUUGAUGAGAAUGCAAGAGAUAUCAUUUCUGCGCCAUUUACUGCAUCUGAAGUUUAUACUGCUCUCCACUCAAUGAGUGAUGACAAAAGCCCUGGGAAAGAUGGUAUGUCAGUCAUGUUCUUUACCAACUAUUGGAAUAUUGUGGGAAGUUUAGUCACAGAAUCGGUGUUGGAAGUUCUCAACAAUGGUGCUGAUCCUACUCUCUUCAAUAGCACUAUAAUCACUCUUAUUCCAAAGGUUAAGAAGCCACAGUUUAUAACUCAGUAUCGACCAAUCAGUUUGUGCAACGUACUCUAUAAAUUGGUUUCUAAGUCAAUUGUGCUGCGAUUGCAACCUUUCUUGCCAUUGGUGAUCUCUGAAUAUCAAAGUGCCUUCAUGUCUCAACGAUUGAUAACUGAUAAUGUUCUCAUUGCUUUUGAGUUGUUGCACUCGCUGAAGAAUCGAAAACGGGGUUCACAAGGGUAUGCUGCAAUCAAGCUCGACAUGUCCAAAGCGUUUGAUCGCGUGGAAUGGAAUUAUAUUGCUCAGAUCAUGUUGAAAAUGGGGUUUGGAACCAUUAUUGUCAACCUUAUUCUUCGAUGCCUUCAAUCAGUUUCCUAUUCUUUUCUCUUGAAUGGUAAGGUUCUGGGAGAUUUGAAGCCAUCUCGGGGAAUAAGACAGGGGGACCCUCUCUCGCCCUACCUAUUUCUAAUUUGUGCAGAAGGACUCUCACGGCUGCUCCAAUCAAAAGAAAACAAUGGGUCUCUCUAUGGGCUGAGAGUGUCAAGAACAGCUCCAUCAGUAUCUCAUCUGUUUUUUGCUGAUGAUAGUGUUCUUUUUUGUCGAGCGAACCCCCAAUCAGCUAGGUCUAUUCAGCAAGUGUUGGAUAUCUAUCAUAGAGCUAGUGGCCAAGCAGUUAACCCAGACAAGUGUGUGCUAUCCUUUUCUCCUAACACGAGACAAUAUCAUCAAAAUUACUUCCAACAACUUCUCAAUAUGCCAAUUCAGCCUUGCCAUGAAGAAUAUCUUGGGUUGCCUUCCUUCUCAGGCCGAGAUAAGACUAGACUCUUUAGUGGUAUCACUGAUAAAAUUUGGAAGCUAUUAAGUAGUUGGAAGGAACAAUUAUUUUCUGCUGGAGGUAAGGAAGUGCUAUUGAAAGCUGUAGUACAGGCAAUUCCCACAUAUGCAAUGAGUUGCUUUCGUUUGCCAGCCACACUGUGUCAUCAAAUUGAGAGCAUGAUGGCCAAUUUCUGGUGGGGAUCAACAGCUUCUGGUAAUGCAAUUCAUUGGAAAAAUUGGAAUUCUCUUUGUAAGGCUAAGGUUCAAGGUGGGUUAGGCUUCCGAAAUUUCAUUGACUUCAAUCAAGCUCUCCUAGCUAAACAAGCUUGGCGUUUAUUGGAAUCACCUAAUUCUCUACUCAGUCGCAUAUUGCAUCACAGAUAUUUUUUACAUGGUUCUUUGCUUUCUGCUGGUUUGGGCAACUGUCCUUCACUUACUUGGAGAAGCAUUGUAUGGGGUAAAGAGCUUCUUGUUAAAGGCCUUCGAUGGAGAGUAGGUACUGGUACUCAAAUCAAUUGCAAAACGGAUCCUUGGCUUCCUGGACAUACUGACUUUACACCAUUCAGCUUCAUAGGCACUGAUAGUUCUUUGCAAGUUGCUGAUCUUAUCAACUCCCAUCGGCAAUGGGAUUUCUCAGCUGUUGCAGCUAAUUUUGGACAGGCAGACAUUGAUAGAAUUCUAUCCAUUCCACUUAGCAUCUUCCCUAAGGCUGAUAUCCUCAUUUGGAAUGGUACAAAUACAGGUUGUUACUCAGUCAAGUCAGGAUAUUAUUUUGCAAAUUCACUUGCUGAGCAACAAGACACGGGCAGUUCUAAUACUUAUGAGCAUUGGUGGUCUAAAUUCUGGAAAUUGCAGCUGCCUUCCAAGCUUCGUAUCUUUGUCUGGAAGGUGUUUCAUAAUGUAUUACCUGUGGCUUCUGAAUUGAACCGACGACACAUUGCAGCCUCUCCUUACUGUCCAUUGUGUAAACUUCAGCAAGAAACAAUUCCACAUGCUCUUUUCCUCUGCUCGAGGGCCAAAGAAGUAUGGAAAAUAUCGAAUCUAAACCUGAAUUUCAAGCUAGCUGCUUCCUCUUCUGCUGAAGAAUUUUUGCUCUAUGUCUCGGGACACACAUCCACACUUGAAUUUGAGCAAUUUCUUACCCUUUGUUGGAGUAUUUGGUUCGAACGAAAUGCUGAAUUCCAUGAUAAACCAGCAAAAUGUCCUACUGCUAUUAAAGAUUUUGCACUGCAAUAUAUUGCCAAAUAUCAAUCAGUGCAUGCUAAAUCUAAUGUUCCUUGUCCUGAUGUUGCACCUGCUGCUCCUUUCCCAACUUCUACAUCUGCAGCACCAUCAGUUGAUCCCUGGAAAGCACCACCUCAAGGUACCUACAAACUGAAUACAGAUGCAGCCUUUGACAAAACUAAUAAAAUUAUUGGAAUUGGAGCUGUGUUGCGAGACUCCUCAGGUUUUAUUAAAGCAGCCUUUUCCAAGUCCAUUCACGGGUCUUACAAAGCUGAAGAAAUGGAGGCUACUGCACUUGUUUAUGCUCUACAAUGGCUUCAAAGCAUUGGUUUAUCUACUGAUUACAUUGAAACCGAUUCUUUGUUGGUAGUUCAAGGAUUAAAAGUUGCUUCUCAUUUUAAUUCUGCUUUUCAUACUGUAUUAAAUGAUGUUAACUAUCUUGUAUCCUAUUUCCCACGAGCACAAGUCUCUCAUGUCAGGAGAUCUGCUAAUACUUAUGCCCAUGUUUUGGCUAAGUUUGCUCUUACGGUGGAUACUGAUUGUUCUUAG